AUGACGCAACAGACCAGCAAUCUCUCCAGCAAUACGACCCAUUCGGUUGCACCAACGCUCGUGAAAGCGGUCGACGGCUUUUUCAGGGCGUCCACGACAACCAAUGAAUCCGAUUCCCCUUCUCCGCUCUUUGCACGCUUCGAGCGGAUUCCGUCGUCCUGGUCGGACUUUCAGCGCCAAGUGACGCACUUGCAGCAGCAGCAAACGAAGCGACUCAAUGACGAGGCACUGCGACAGAUCAAAGUCGUUUACCUUUUGCGGCACGCCGAAGGUACGCACAACGAGGCCCAUGCCAAGUACGGCUCGCCCCGCUGGGAAGACGACUUUGCUCGAACGAGCGCGUUCCUCGAUGCUCCGCUGACCCCCUUUGGUUUCCAAGACGCCCAACGCAAAGGACAGGCGCGCGUGCAGGCUGAGCUGGACCAGGGCAUGCCCCGCAUUGAACGGGUCGUCGUGUCUCCUAUUUCGCGAGCAAUUCAGACGGCGCAGCACUUUUUUACAGCCGAUCAGGUCCCCGAGCACCCCUUCAUGUGCAUUGAAAGCUGUCGCGAGACACUCGAUUGUCACACGUGCAACCAGCGGCGACCGCGGUCGGAGCUCCAGGCAAAGUUCCCAACGGUGGACUUUUCACGGCUAACGACCGAAGAGGACCAGUUGUGGUCGUCGACCCAUCGGGAGACGGUCGAGGAGAUCCACGAGCGGGCGCGAGCGUUCUUGCUCGAGCUCUUUCGAGAGGUGCCCGAGCACUACGUGGUCGUGGCCGCGCACCUCAGUAUCAUUGAAGCCAUCUGUGCCGUCACGUUGGGCACACCGAUACGCCCUCGUAACUGCGAAGUGAUUCCGAUCGUGCUCGAGGCGCUCUGA